GGUCGACAGGUGGUGCUGACAGCACUUCACCCCCGUGUUUGCGAACCCGUCUGCAUGCGUUUCGCAAUGCUCAGACCAGACUCACCAGCGAUUCACCUACUCAUCUCCCAUCCCCUCGUUUGUUGGGUCUCCCAGUGGGGUGAUCUUAUCCAGACACAACGGCUUACCAACGAGACUCUGGUGCGGCUCAAUUACACCGAGAAGCUGUGA